UUGAAGUAAUUGUUGAAUAGUUAAGUCUCGCGGUAAAAAAUACAAAUAAUCAUGAAGGAACUACAGUUAGAAAAUGAAGAAUUAUCUAGUGGCGUUCAAAAACGCACAUCCAAUAUCGGUUUAAUUUUUGUUGGACUUACCGGCGGUGCAGCUGUAGCCAUCAGUGCGGUAUGCCUUCCAUUUGUGAGUCCAGCAUUGCGCAAGGUUUGUUUACCUUAUGUGCCAGCCACCACUCAACAAGUUGAAAAUGUUCUACAGGCAUUGAAGGGGCGCUCAGGAACCUUAGUGGACUUGGGUAGUGGAGACGGACGUAUAGUCAUGGCUGCUGCAAAAAAAGGAUUUAAGGCAGAUGGUGUCGAAUUAAAUCCAUGGCUUAUAGCGUAUUCACGAUUUACCGCUAUAACGCGAGGACUGUCAACAAGGGUCACCUUCUUUAGAAAAGAUCUUUGGAAAUUUAAUUUGAAAAAGUACGAUAACGUUGUUAUUUUUGGAGUGCAGCAAAUGAUGGAUGAAGUGGAAGAGAAAUUUAAUUCAGAACUAAAGAGAGAUAGUUUGAUAAUAGCUUGUCGUUUUCCAUUACCCAACUUGGAACCUGUUGCAAUACUUGGGCAUGGAGUUGAUACUGUUUGGGUCUACAAAAGUGCGGCUUCAUCAAAGUCCAACAAUGAGUUGUGAAUCUGGUAAUAUCCUUCUCGGGAAUAUGGUGGUGGUGGUGAAGUAUUUGUUUUGUGCGAUGUUAUUAACGGACUAUCGUGUGCUAAAAGAGGAACUCUUCUCGGUAAUAUUGCCAUGGAG